GUGAAAGCAAAAAGAGAUCUUUCGGACAAAUCCAAUGCUCAAGGUGACGAAGAUGACAAUCCGAUCACAAGAUCUGCGAAGCAAACGAUGAAGGAUGUUAGCUCAGAAGUUGCUGAAUUCUAUGACCCGGACGAGGAUGACGAGAAUGAGAUUUGGAUGCAGACCCAACGCUCACAGUCGACGGGGAUGGAAAGUAAAAGUGCCGGAAAAGAAACUAGGCCGCGUAUUGAUGGUAACUCUGAUGCUGUUCUGUCAUGUCCUGGAUGUAUGGUGUUGUUAACCCGUGACUGCCAGCGUCAUGAAAUUUACAGCGAUCAGUACAGAGCAGUGUUUGUGGAGAAUUGUCAUGUGAAGAAAGAAAGUCUAAAAAUUGAGAAGACCGGCAAGGAGAAACGUCGUGAGCGACAAAGAAUGAGAAAAAUGGGUGUACAAGCUGAGGAUCUCUUUCUGCCAGUGCAGUGCGCGGUCUGCUCUACCAAUGUCGCUGUAUUGGAUCAUGAAGAAGUUUAUCACUUCUUCAACGUAUUAACUGGUUAUGCGUGA